UGUUCAGAGGCCCUGUCUAUUAUAAAUAUGUAUUUAAGUAUAUAUACAAUAUUUUAUUUACAGUGUGGAUUUGUAGUGCAAUUUAGUCUGUAUGUAAAAGUCUGUGGGUGGAUGGAGUCAGGGGGUCAGGGGGUUACUGACACUGGGUGACUGAUAUAGUGUUCAUCAGUGUGACGGCCUGGGGGAAGAAACUGUUCUUGUGUCUGGCUGUUUUGGUGUACAGUGUUCUGUAGCGCCUGCCAGAGGGGAGAAAUUCAAACAGAUUGGUGUGAUGGGUCUGCAGAGAUGUUUCCUGCCCGUUUCCUGACUCUGGAUGAGUAUAGGUCCUGGAUGGUGGGCAGUUUAGUACCAAUGAUUUUUUCUGCAGUCCUGAUUGUCCGUUUCAGUCUGUUCCUGUCCUGUUUGGUGGCUGAUUGUUAUUUCAUCAGGGUUAAUAAUAUUCUCAUCUCAGCCUCAUGCAGCCCACUGUCAACAUUAACUGUCAUCAUCAUGUUGGCUGUUAUAAACAAUACUAUGCCCUUAAAUUCACACAUUCUCAUGUUACUACUCAGAUGGUUACUGCUUUCAUUCACCAAAUUAUUUUUGUCCUGUCCAUAACUGUCAACUUACUGACAUAUUGACAGUAUGCUUAUUACCUAUUCACGGUAUGUUAUACUUACUUAUAUCAUAAUCAACACUUAUGUUGACUAUACCACAUCGACAUCCUCCUGGAUCCAUAUUCUUCAUGUCUACAUACUAUCUAUAAUUUUGUCACCCAUGAUUGUCCACUGUGAUUUUAUGUUGGUCUAUUCUGUACAUGCAACAGUCGUUAUAGUUUUUGAUGCUUGUUGUGUUUGUGGCAAAUGUGCUUACUUGCAGCCAUAGCUGAAGAUUGUUUUGGUUUGUGUUAUGCGAUGUACUCUAUAUCAGAGAUAUCUCUGUGUAUAUGUAUUGGAAACUCCGCCCUUCCAGCACGCCCGGACGCACGGACUGCGCUGGUUGAGUUUUGGAGCGCACCCAAACAUAAGCGGUGGGCGGGCGCGAUCGGCAAGUUCUCGAAGAUACCAAGCAGGCCAGCAGCGGCACACGCUGCCAGACGCAAAACGGACUUUCAUCAAAUGUCUUCUACCUUCAGACUACGAGUGGUGUUUGAGGAUGGUGCCAUUGAAAGGAUGGUGCUUCCAGAACAGCCACAUUCUGUCAGCCACCUCAAAUUUUUAGUGAUGCAACAUUUCAGUAUUGAUGGCCAAAUUGAACUCCAGUUUCAAGACCCUCAGUCAGACAUAAUGUGUAGUCUGACCUGUACUGAUAACCUUUCAAAUAAAGGCACAAUCAAGAUAUUGAGGGUACAGCAAACCAUUUCCAACUCUCAGCCAUUACAGGACACUCAGCAUGUAACUACCCCACAUCAUUCUGGAUCAUCAAGUGAACACUUUUGCUUGCCAACCUUUUCUCAAGCCAUGGACUUAAUUCUAAGGAAAGGAAAUGAAGAGCAUUUCAAGCAUGGAAACCAGCUGAUUUUAACGAGAGAGCAAAGACAAGAGAUUCUUGAUGUUGUAGCAAGAGCAUUGUAUGAUAGAAAUGUCUGUCCAAGUGAAAGUGAUUUUGAGGAAGCUGCAGAGGCCUUGAUCAAACAAUUCCCAUGCAUUGCACAUCGUGGUACACCAAAAGGAUGGGGGGGAUGGAAGAUCGGUCUCAAAUUCAAAUUAGGCAAAUACAGAAGUACAGCAGAGAGGGGAGGAUGCACAGAGGCUGCUGAGAAGAGCUGUAAAGAUGUCACUGACCAUGAGCCAUCUUUUAAGCGCCCUUGCAUGGUUGCGGUCAGUUCUGCACAGUUUCCCCAAGGAGAAAGUGAACAAGAUCUAGAAGAGCUGAGAGUCAGAAUGGCUUUGGAGAUGAAGAAAGUACACAAAGAUCUUGCUGCAAUUAACCGCUGCAUGGGAAAGACUUUUGCAUUAAGAAGACACGAAAUUGUAAAUAGCAGCCCUGCUAUAACAACUGUAGAGAACAGAUGGCCGGCCAUGUUUCUUCAAGCACAGAUUUGUGCUGAAUUUCAACGGAUCACUAACCAGAACCUCCUGCGAUCAUUCUACGAUGUACUCGACAAACACUCAGAGCGGUUGUUGAAUCUGUCCCGUGAGAAGCAGCUUGGCAAGUUCGGACAUCGGUUGUCAGCUAUUCUGAAGAUGUAUGAUGCCAAUGUGCAAGCAAGGGAUGUCAGCAUGACAAGAACAGCUGCCAUCCAUUGUCUCCCAGCUCUACUUGGUGAGGGUGACUCUGAAGUGUUCAAAGUCUGCAAGAAAGCGGAACCAAGCACUUCGGACAACAGUAACAGUCCAAUCUGCAUACUGUCCAUCGUCCCGAAUGAUGAAGAUGGAAAUGCAGUCUUCCUGCAGCCAUGUCAAGUCAACAUAAUCCUUGAAGGCAGAGUGGUGACAUCACCCCUCCAUUCGUGGCCUGAUGCCCUCAUUUACCUCUUUGGUCUUAUUUAUGCUUUGCACCUAAAUUACCCAAAAUCUAUGUUAAACACGUUUCUUUUCAUUCAGCAAGUACUCUUACACAUUGAUGGAGACAAACUGAAACCUAAAAUCUUGGCCUUGAGCAAGAAACUGUAGGGUUUUUCCAUCAGCCUGGGUUGGUACGCUGUGAGAAAAUGCGCUUCCACUACAGCCUCAAGGGGAUAGCCAUGUUGCUGUGGUGGUCUUGCUUGGUAGCAGGGCCGACCCGUGCUGGUCUCUUUCCCUCAGUUGUGUCCUUGGUAGCUAAACUUGCGCGUCUGUGCUGGAGACCAGACAAAAAGCUCUGUUUUUAAGAGUCUGUCUGUGGUUGGGAGUUUUAUUUCACUCCUGUUUUCCUGUUUGUACUUUCAGAUAUGAGCCUUUUUUUUUUACUGUUUACUGAUUGCUUUCAGCUGUAUUGGAGCCAUGCUAAGUUACUGCUAAUGCAUACCAAACGUUUAAUGCUGUUGCAGCUUGACAUUAAAAGCUUUUCACUGGUGAACCAGAGGGAUGCUUUUAUUGUGAAGAAGUUAUAUGGAAAAUCCCUAUGAGGUAGGACAAUUGAUUCAUACAGUGUUAUAACACGUUAUGAUCUCUUGAGUUAUUUUAUUGAUACAGUGGCACAAGUAUUGUGAUAGUGUUACUGAGCCAGAGUUGUAUUCCUUUUGGUCCCUAAACUUUUUCUCUUUUUGGCAGUUGCGCCUUGUGUCAGUUUAUGCCUUUUUAUAUUUGAAUGAUGGCAUGAUUUCAUAUGUGUGUGUGUGUGUAUAUGGUAAAAAUGCUGAUUCUGUUUUUGAUACACUUUUUUGAUUUCAGCUGUCUGUAAAACUGAAAUCUCUGUUUAAUGGAAUAAAUAAAUACAGUAAACGAAUGAUAGCUGCAGUUUGAGAAAGAUAUUUUACUUUUUAUGGUGGUAUCUUUUCUUUUAUGGUUACACACAUAUGGUGUAUUAUAGAUACCUGUCAGCUGUAUCAUCUGUGCACUCAUGCUUUUACUGUGGGCGAAAUAUUGUUAAGUAUUGUAUCGUCAGCUACCCAGCAAUGCCCAGCGUUCAUUUUCAGUAUAUUUACAGCUUUGUUUUUGUAACAAUAUAGGGGAAAAGUUUGAAUUUGUCACCCCUUACACGUCAUACUGUACAUGGAUGUUCCUGUAACCCCCGCUAUGAUGCCAGAACAAGUGUUGAAGAAAUAGAGAAUGUGAAGAUACGUCAUGCUGAUUGGGACAAGAGCACCAACUUGUGAGGUUGUGCUGUUACUUGUGCCCAUUACGGUGGUCAGCCUACCUGCUUACCUUUUGUCAUAAUUGGUUAAAAAGUUAGUUACAUCGGUCAAACUGAUGGAGAAAGGAAGAGUCAGGCAGAGGGUUUGAUUUUACAGGUCAGUAAUAUUCGAUGUUUUUCAGAAUCACAAGAGAAAAUUGAAACACAGCCUCCAACUCACCAACAGAAAGGCAGUGGGUCCUCACAACAUGGUGCAUUACCACCCAAAAUUUAACAUUGCCUGAUGUCAACUUCACAUUCUCUAUAGAUAACGCUUAAAAAUAUGAUCCAAACUAAAAUUAACUAAAACUUACAACAACAUAAAAUAUGUAUGUUAAUUGAAAUGACAAAUGCUUAUCAUUAAAUGUAUUCAGCUCAUUUUUGC